GGCCCCGCCUCCUGCCGCGGCUCGGACUAGGGGGCGGAGCGGCUGUGCCCGCUGGCAUGAGCAUGCAGUUGGCUAGGCUGCGUCUUCUGGGUGGCAGGGCGGGCUCAGCUCUCGUCCGGGCGACUGCUUCGUGGGCGGCGAGAGCAGGAGGGUGCCGUCAACGAGGAGGGGAGUGGACGCUUGGAGGGACCUCUGGUUUCAGAAGCGCCGCCUCAGCUAUGGCCCCAAUCAAGGUGGGAGACGCCAUCCCUUCGGUGGUGGUUUUCGAAGGGGAGCCUGGGAACAAGGUGAACCUGGCAGAGCUGUUCAAGGGCAAGAAGGGAGUGCUGUUUGGAGUCCCUGGGGCCUUUACCCCCGGCUGUUCCAAGACCCACCUGCCAGGGUUUGUGGAGCAGGCUGAGGCCCUGAAGGCCAAAGGCAUCCAGGUGGUAGCCUGUCUGAGUGUUAAUGAUGUCUUUGUGACCGCAGAGUGGGGACAGGCUCACAACUCUGGAGGCAAGGUUCGGCUCUUGGCUGAUCCCACUGGGGCCUUUGGGAAGGAGACAGAUUUGUUACUAGAUGAUUCACUGGUGUCCCUCUUUGGAAACCGACGGCUCAAGAGGUUCUCCAUGGUGGUAGAGGAUGGCAUAGUGAAGGUUUUGAACGUGGAGCCGGAUGGUACAGGCCUCACCUGCAGCCUGGCCCCCAUCAUCCUCGCACAGCUCUGAGGCCCUGGGCCCAGACCUCCUCCUCCUGCCCUUUAUUGUUGCACCUCCCCAGCCCCGGACGGGGGGCCCCAGUCCAGCCCCGACAGGGGCCAGUUCCCAGGUGGGAGCUCUGACCAAACUUCUGCAAUAAACAUUUCCGGCUCACAUUUA